UUUCUGUUUCGUGUUGGGAAUAUAAUAUCGAAUAAACUUAUACGUAAGAUUACCCAACGAAACAGGCUACGGCUACUGAACCGAAACCACACCUCACUUGUGAAAGUACCAGAAGAGAAAGUGGUGCCACGCUAGAGCAUACACAGUCGCCCGCGGGCCGAGUAUGGGCGGGCGUAAAAAACUUUCUUUAACCCACUUUCUCGAAGACGCAAUCUCGUCGCUCAGUGUGAUUCGUCUGGUGGUCGGUAGUGGUAUGAGCCCUACCUACUCCCGGAGUCCCGUGCGUGAGUGGUGGGACGGUCGUGGGGGUACGCGUGUCGUGAAUGAAACAAGUGGGACAGUGUUUUUUUUUUGUUUUUUACACCCACCUCAGUGGUGAAGUGCAAUGUGUGACAUGCAGAAAAUGCCUACAAGAGACGAUGCCUCUUGUGAGGAAGAUUCCGAUAUGAAUUUUGCUGCGUUUAGUUCUGCCGGUACGCACUUUGUUACUACCGGCAGUCAGCUGCCUGUUACUAAGAUCCAGCAGAAUGUUUCGAAUAAUGGUUCUCUAUCACAGGUGGUUGGAAUGGUAGGCAAUAUGGGUGAGGGUAUGCAGUAUGUCCGCACCAUUGACGGCUCCUCCCUGCAGAAUACACCACAGCUCAUAACUGUGCCUAUAUCUUUGCCCGGGGCGAAACCUGGUGAUCCUCAGCCAACAGUACAGAUUCAAGUGCUCGGGCCAAACAUACAGCUCCAGCAGCAGCAGCAGCCCAAAUAUCAGAUGCAGAUACCCAUACAGGGAUUCCAACAAGGUAGUGCGUUACUGACGCUAGCAUACUCACCGGAGAAUAUCGACAAUGGACUGCUGGGGCUGGGUUCGUCGUCACUGCCCGAGGGUCUCCAGCUGCUGACGAUGCCCCAGGAGAUGCAGAUGCAGCACCGACAGCAGGACAUUAAGGAGGAAGCUACACAAAAUGUGCAUCAAGUGUUCAUAACGCCCGACCAACAGAUUGUAAUAAGUGGGCCGAACGGACAGAAAAUAUUGAACAACAACACCAGCUCCGACAACAACAACUCGGAAAUUACCAUCAAGGAGGAAGUGUGUAUUGAGGAUGAAAGUUCACAAGGCACGGAAACAAGCGACGUACAGUGGCAAAUCGACAACCCGUCGCCAGACCUCGUCAAAUAUCUCAACUCCCUCGCGCCGCAGCAAGCGCAGCAGCUGCCGCCAUCACUGCAGCAGUUUCUCCGUCUGAACCCGGCUGAUAUAAAGAAGGACGAAGCUGUCGACAACGCCAUGGACGAGGACAGGAAAGACAACAUAACCGAAGCUAUAGUCGACGAAGAUGGAAAUAUUCACAUACAGAGCAAGAAGAAGAAGAAAUACAAGAGGAAACCCCCGAAGCCGGCCGCGCCGAAGCCCGGGCAGGUGAUCAUCACUACUGCGCUCGACGGCACCCCCUUGUGGUGCUGCCCAGAGUGCCAGAUGGCUUUCCCCGAGAAGGGGGAGUUGGAGGCGCAUCUGUCGGUGCACAAGAUCGAGAGGAGGUUCAUUUGUGGCAUCUGUGGGGCGGGGUUGAAGCGCAAGGAGCAUCUGGAGCGGCACAAGCUCGGCCACAACCCGGAGCGGCCGUACGGGUGCGGCGUCUGCGGCAAGGCGUUCAAGCGGCGCGAGCACCUCAACCUGCACACCGUUAUACACUCCGGCGUCAAGACCGAGCUGUGCGGCGAGUGCGGGAAAGGUUUCUACCGCAAGGACCACCUGCGCAAGCACAUGCGGUCGCAUCUCACGCGGCGCGCGCGCGAAGAAGUCGGCCACAGCGACAUCAACAAAAGCACCGCCGUGCUGCCCGAGAUUACUAUACACGUGCCGUCGGCGGCGAACAUGCCCGUUCAGAUCAACAUCCCGCAGCACGUGAUGUCGUCGCUGGCGGCGGGCGCGCGCGACGAGUCGCAAUUGCCUAUAUUAUGAAUAUAAUAUAGGCAAGUACAUCAAUAACUUGCCUAUAUUAAAUUCGUAAAAUUUAAAAUUCGUAUAAAAUGUGUGUGGUAAAAAUUUGCAUUGUUAAGGUGGCUGCCAAAUUUAAUGACGUUAAAGGGCACACAAAACUGCGAAUUCGCAUCGCAUCGCAAAUAUCUGCGACAAAAUUCAUAAUAAAAAUGACAUCGCGAUGCGAAUUCACAUGAAUUUGCAGUUUUGUGUGGGAGCCCAAAGUUUAAUCAAACGAAUUUAAUAAAACACAACUAGAGUUGGUAACUUUUUUCAUGUACAGGUGGAGCUUACGUGCAUAAGCGUAGCGUUAAGCGAUUCAUAUCAGUGAGCGUUUUUAUAUUCAGAAAGUUACAGUUAUAUAAAAUAAAACGCCUUCUAGUCCUUUGUAAAACGAUACUUUGUUUUAUAAUGUGUAAAAGAUGUCUAGCUGUGCAAAUUUUAUAAUAUUAUGUAGUUCCAACAGGGAAAUUGGUUUACAGGUAGAUGUUUGACCUACGUUAUUUAGUCGGAUUGUGAAGUUAAAAUCGUGAUCGGCUAGGCUUUGAUACCCGACUAUAUCAUGCAUGUUUGCCACACGAUAAAAAUGUGACAGUAAAUAAUUUAAACAUGACACUGCUGCGUGAAGUAGCCAUGGAAAGUUGCGAAUGCGUUCGAAUCUCCCAACAAAUAAAAUAGCAACUGUGAUAAAGCUAAACUUUAUUUUAAUCGGCAAUAGUUUCUUAAAUUAUUAUUUUUGCCAUAAAAUCGCGCAAUCACUUUUUUAAUAUUAGAAAUCUGGGUAAAUUCGGAAAUAGGAGUACUGAUUUGUUGUUUAACCGCGCACAGU